AUGGAGAUGUCCCGGCGUUUCGCGCCGCGGCGGCGCCGGGGGACCCCCCUCCUUGCCUCCCGCUGGGGGCGCGACGCGGCGACUCCCUCUCGGGGAGCCCGGCAGCCUCCGCACCCCGGGAGGGCGUGCGCCCCUCUGCGGGCAGCUCGGGCGGUGGGCCCCCGACCCGGGGAGUUGACCGAGACGCCGGGUGACUCCUCCCCGGGGACCGUCCCCCUCUGCGGCGCGUCAUUCUCUCCACCCCUGGGUCACCCCGGCAGCUUCUCGCACGCCGGCCACGUGGACGAGUCUCGGCCACCUGCUCCGGAGCCGGGGAGCCCCGGGCGCCAGCCGCCCGCGCGUCGGUCCGUCGGUCGGUGCCCAGGGCCCAUGGAGCUGCCCGCCAGCAACACCAGCUGCCAGAACGGUUCCCUGAUCAGCCUGUACUGCUCCUCCCACCAAGUGGUGUGCCAGAUCGUCGGUGACCUCAGCCCCCAGGUGCCCAGCAAUGUCACCUCUCACGACUGGAAGGAGAGGUUCAGGCAGAACUAUAGCUUCUACACUGGUCUGGGCCUGGCCUUCUUGUCUAGCUUCCUCAUCGGCAGCAGCGUCAUCCUCAAGAAGAAAGGCCUUCAGCGACUGGUGGCCUCUGGGGCCACACGGGCCGUGGACGGAGGGUAUGGCUACCUGAAGGAUGCCAUGUGGUGGGCUGGAUUUCUCACCAUGGCUGCUGGAGAAGUUGCCAACUUCGGGGCCUACGCAUUUGCCCCUGCGACAGUCGUCACGCCUCUGGGAGCGCUGAGUGUUCUCAUAAGUGCCAUCCUGUCCUCAUACUUCCUGGGAGAGAGUCUGAAUCUGCUGGGGAAACUGGGCUGUGUGAUCUGUGUGGCCGGCAGCACAGUGAUGGUGAUACAUGCCCCCGAGGAAGAGAAGGUCUCCACCGUCGUUGAGAUGGCCGCCAAAAUGAAAGACACAGGGUACCUCGUGUUUGCUGUGCUGCUGCUGGUGCUCUGCCUCAUUCUAAUCUUCGUCAUUGCCCCGCGCUAUGGACAAAGGAACAUCCUCGUUUACAUCAUCAUCUGCUCUGUGAUCGGAGCCUUCUCCGUGUCUGCCGUCAAGGGCCUGGGCAUCACCAUUAAGAACUUCUUCCAGGGGAUGCCAGUUGUGCGGCACCCCCUCCCCUACAUCCUGUCCCUCAUCCUGGCACUUUCUCUCAGCACUCAGGUCAACUUCCUUAACAGGGCACUAGACAUUUUUAAUACCUCCCUGGUGUUCCCCAUCUACUAUGUGUUCUUCACCACGGUGGUGGUGACCUCCUCCAUCAUCCUCUUCAAGGAAUGGUACAGCAUGUCUGCAGUGGACAUUGUGGGCACCCUCUCUGGCUUUGUCACCAUCAUUCUGGGUGUGUUCAUGCUUCAUGCUUUCAAAGACCUGGACCUCAGCCAGACCAGCUUGCCCCACAUGCACAAAAACCCAACCCCCUCUCCCACCCCUGAGCCCACUGUCAUUAGACUAGAAGACAAGAAUGUCCUUGUGGACAAUAUAGAACUCUCCAGCACCCCAUCACCGGAAGAGAAGCCCAAAGUAUUUAUAAUCCACUCUUAAAGCUUGGAAUCCAUGAGUGAGAAGAUGAGCUCUACGGUACAGCCUGACCUCUCCAUUUCAGAGGCACCUGGUUAUUUUCACCAGCCCUGUUACCAAUGGGCUCUCUUUUCUUGAGAUGUUCAUUUAUACCUCAUCACUGUUUCCAGAAGAAAAGUCCCUACCCAGUGAGUGGUGGUGGCAGAACUUCGUGGAAGCAGCCUCAGUGACCAAAUACGUGGGUGUCAGCAGGUCCCCUGGACCUCCCUUCCCACUUGUUUCCUCAGUGCCCUUGCUGUGUUGUUGG